UGUUUACGUCAACUCGACGGAAGGCGUAGCUCAUUCGCCCCCGCGGGUGACGCAACCCGAGGAUAUAAAGCUAGCGUCAGGCUGAAUCAUUAGACCAUAGAGCCCUGCCCCGCGCAUCCCACAGGCGGCAGGGACGAUCCCGCGCCCCACGAAGCACACUUUCAUUCCUGAUGGCUACUUCGCGGCGACCUGGACAGCGAGCGCCCCGCGACCGCACGUGGCAGCGGGCACAGAGCACACAGGCCGCCUCGAGCACCCGGGCAGGGCGCACCCCCGGUCCCAGGCCUCGGCUGCGGGGCCCCUUGGUUCUCAUCGUCUUCGUCCUGGGUGUCCUGCUGUUGAUUGCAGCUGCUUCAGCCAUGCCCAUAAGGCAGGAAAAAUUUCACCAGCAAUUAGCUUCCCCGCAGGGAGGGAAACACAGCCUCUCAGAGAAGUGUCUACCAGGGUUCCACAUGGAGGAAGCCAGUGGAGAUUGUGCGCCGUGCACGGAUAAGGUGGAUUACACCAAUUAUUCAAACACCCUGCCUUCUUGCUUUCUCUGUAAGACUUGCAAAUCAGAGGAAGAAGAGAAAAGUCCGUGCACCUCAACCAAGGACACUGAGUGUCAGUGCAAACCUGGCACUUUCCGUAGAGAAGAUGCACCUGAAUUCUGCUACAAGUGCAGAACCCGGUGCCCUGAUGGGAUGGUCGUGGCCACGCCCUGUAGCCCUUUCAGCGACCUCACAUGUGUGGACCGAAAAUCAGGUACCCAGGCCAGUGGGGAGGCCCCGGUUCCUGGUGAGACAGUGACCAUGCACCCAAGACUGCCCACCACUCCCUCUUCCUCCUCAGACACUUCACAGCCGGUGAUCAUAUUUGUAGCUGUAAUAGCUGGCUGUUUCCUGCCGGGGAUCGUAUAUGUUUUCUGGCGGUGCUGCAUUCAAGGUCGUGGUGUGGACCCUAAGUGCAUGGACAGGGUCCUCUUCUGGCGCUCACAUCCCUUAAGAGGUUCUGGGGCUCUGGACAAUGCCCACAACAAUAUGCUGAUCAACAGAGAUUCGCUGAUUGAGCUGGUCCCUGAGCAGGAGGCAGAAGAGCAGGUGAGGCCGACAGAUGCCACGGCCCAGUCCCAGGGGGAAGCAAAGCGUCUUCUGGAACCAGGAGAAGCUGAAGCGUCUCACAUGAGAAGGCUGCUGGUUCCAGCAAACGGUGCAGACCCCACUAAAAGCCUGAAGCUGUUCUUUGAUUACUUUGCAACCAUCGUGCCGUGUGACUCCUGGGAUUUGCUCAUGAGGCAGUUGGGCCUCACGCAAAAUGAGAUCCUUCUGGUCAGAGAAGGGGUCCGGGUCCCUCGGGAUGCCUUGUAUGCAAUGCUAGAGACCUGGGUCAGCAACAAGGGACGGGAGGCCUCAGUCAACACCCUGCUGGACGCCUUGGAAAAGCUGGGGCAAAGAUUGGCAAAGGAGACAAUUCAGGACCACCUGCUGGACUCGGGAGAGUAUGUCUAUGAAGAUGGUGAAGCAGGCUCUGCUGUGUCCUGAGUGUUUGAGGACCUCAGCCUUUCAGUUGAAGACACUUUUUUAUCAUAAUAGACUUGCACUUUUCAUUUGUAUUUGUUAUUUGUAUUUGUCAUUCAUGUUGAUAUGUAUGCAUUUAAUGAUGUGUAACAUAAUACACAUCAUUAAAGUGCAAACAUAUUGUGAAUCUUCAUACUUUAAUGUUUAUAUAUAUAUAUUUAUAUAAGUGUAAAAAAAAUUUUGCAAAUAUACUUUCUAGGUUGUUUAUGUGGGUUACCUGGAUGAGAGCUGGGAAUCAAAAACAAUUAGAAAUACAAAAGGAGGAAAUUCCCUGGCAGUUCAGUGGUUAGGACUCUGCGUUUUCACUGCUGAGGUCCCAGGUUCAAUCCCUGGUCGGGGAAUUAAGAUACCAAAAGCUGCGAGGCAAAAAAAACAAAGCAACAACAACAAAAAGCACAAAAGAACAAACACAAAACAACAACAACAAAAAAAGCAAAAAAAAAAAAAAAAAAGGAAAGGAGAAAAA